AUGGCGUCUAGGAGCACUGCAAUACAGUCCGGUGUGGGUGCCCCACCGAUAGCAGUUACCAACACACAGCAACCUCCUUCGCUGGGCGUGGGUGGCGGGUUGCAGAAGGAGAUAACCGCCGCUAUAGAGACAGUGCUGACUUUGAAAGUGACUGAGUUGAAAGAGCUGUGCAGGUCGAUACAACUGCCACUCACUGGGCGCAAGAAUGUACUGCAAGAUCGGAUUACAGGGUUCAUUAAGGAGUCUAUGUCCGUGGGACAUAUCGAUCCAUGGAGACCCAAAGCUGUAGCGCUUUUGGUGGAAAAGAUCAAGAGGCAACAGGAUUUGCCCUCCUACGAGAGUCUUUGGCAGGACCUGAAGAGUAACAAAGUGUCGUUCUCUCAAGAGAUGGCGUUGAGCAACAAGCAGCGGGUGCCCGGUUCAACCCUCAACUCGAACAAACUACAAUCUUUGAAUGACAUAGUGCCAUUCGAAGUUUCAAUCUUCUACAACAUGAUAAAACUGAUACCCAAAUCAUCGUACAAACUGCUGAAGGCGCCAGGAAGGGGAAUUGCCCCAGUGAGGUUUUUGCUCCCGAUGGCAGAUUGGAAGAUGCUUCAAAAUGGGAAGUAUAAACUGUACCUGUUUUGUUAUAACUUGGUGAACUGUACGAACAAGACGAGCCGCAAAGUGCAUGUGGAGUUCCCGUCCCCAAAUGAGAUACUAUUCAACGGUACAAAAGUGCCGGACAAUGUCAGAGGACUGAAGAAUAAACCUGGGACCGCUAAACCGGCAGACCUCACACCGUACAUCAGGAAACCAGAACUAAUCAACUCGUUAGAGGUCAUCUACGCGUAUACAAAGGAGGAAUACUUCAUGGCAUGCUACAUCGUCGAGUCAGUGGCACCAGAGGAACUGGUGAAUAAUCAGGUGUUGAAACAUCCAAGAAUAUCGCGACAAGCGACAAUCCGUUACAUCAACAGCAUAAUGAACGGCGACGAUGAGGACGACCUUAUUACGACAUCUUCAAUCAUGAGUCUUCAAUGCCCAAUAUCGUACACUAGAAUGAAGUACCCGGCGCAGUCGAAGCGGUGUGAGCAUCUACAGUGCUUUGACGCUGUGUGGUUUCUGCAUUCGCAAUUGCAAGUGCCGACGUGGCAGUGCCCCGUCUGCUCCAAACGCAUUACCGUAGACGAUUUGCGUAUCUCGGAUUACGUUGACGACAUUCUGAAAAACUCCAGUGAGGAAGUAGAACAGGUGGAGCUAUCCGCGGAUGGCUCUUGGAAACCUAUACUCGAGGAGGAACCGGCUCCAUCCGAGGCACAAAACGGCAAGGGAGAGGGGACUGGAUCCUUAGUGAAAACAGAGGGUGGGAACCAAACAAAAUCUAUACCACUACCGGCGACCUCAAACACAAACGACAACAUGGUGAUAUCGCUCGAUAGCGACGGAGAGGAAAGCGGAACGGAACCAACUGAACAGUACACACCAGCGGCAAACACUGAUAUGGAGAGCCCGCAUCGUCUGCAGGAUGAAUCUGACUCUGACUUCGACUUACCACUGUCCGAAUACAACGGCAACAGUAGAAAUGUGCAACCGACAAGACCUGUUGAUUCAAGGACGUCCGCGACUCCUACACCACCUUUACAAGAUUACACUCUUUCAUCGGAGUCCCUUCUCGGGCUCAGUACAGGACCAACUGUCCUUCCCAAUGCAACAACAGGAAAUAGUAGCAGCAACUCUGCUGCUCCACCACAACCUUCUACGAACCUUACAACGAACCGGGGGAAUUUUGCGUCGGCUCGCUUACCUGAACCGGGAAUGAAUGACAACCGUGCUCCUUACAGUUCGGAAACACGGGACAUGGAAUCUGUAUUUUCUCUCCCCUACAUACAAAUAGGUCCGUCUUUAUUUGGGCCAUUUCCUGCACCAGAGGCCACUCCCGACAAUAGCACUUCCUCAAGACACGAUAAUAUUCCAACAAGCCACCAGUCAGCUGUACCGGCAAAUACACAGGGGAGACCCGUUUCCACCAGAAGACCAAACAGCAACGUCUCUCCAUUCAUACCGAGGAAACAGUACCCAAAUAUAUUACCGAGAAAGAGACCGACUCAAUUGGUAGACGAGGGCAAUUUGCUAGGCGUUUCAGUGAGCACUCCAUCUCCACCGAUAUUGGGUCGUUUCGACCAUCCCAACGGUGCUAAUAACAACAAUGAUUCUGAAGUUAUUGAUUUAACGUCGGAUUAA